GGUUUAUAUCGGUAUCUGACCAAUCAGGAAGUGGUUUCAAAUGUCGAGAGUUUCAUGGAGAAGUUUCCAGAUGGUGAUCCUACACAAUACCUAAUAGAGGAGUUGCUCUUCCAUGCAGCUGACAAAGCUGGAAAAAAUGAUAGAGCUGCAAGAUAAAACACAAGCAGGGGAAAGUGAAAAAACAGAAGCAGAAAUAUGUGAGGAAGUUCCGGGUAAAUCUUCUGGAUUUAAUCAAAAUUUUGCAUUUUCACACACUGAGCAUCAUGAUACUGCAAUAGAAGCUGAGUUAGGGUGCAUUGUGCAACAACAAGAAAAUAAGAUUAAACAAUUGGAGGAGCAGCUCGUCUUAGUUGAUCAACAAAAAGAGAAAAUAAAAAGUUUUGAACAACAACAAUUUGUCCUGUUGGAGAUAAUGAAGCAGCUAACUAUAGCCCUCGAACUACAACAAUCUGAUAAAGCUCCAACUCGACAACCAUCGCCAUCUCCAAUUGUUGAAGACUCGUCCUCAUCAGCUACAGCUAUUUCAAAAAAAGCAACUGGUGACACUUGAGAUGCUCUAGAUAUUGAUGGUUAGUUUUUUGUUGUAUGGGCAGUAGAUAUUUUGACAUGGGGGUAGAACCAUCUUUUUAAGAUUGUUUGCAUAUAUCUAUUAGAUGGUGUACAGGGGAUGGACAUUUUUUUGUUAGUCAUGCACAAAUAGAUAGCUAGUGAUAAAAAUGUGGGUGCAUACUUUUUUUUGGUUAUGUACACUUGAUAGUGUAUUUUGGAUUUUUAUUGCUCCUAAUGCAUAAAAAUCCAUGU